ACUUACAUGCUGACAGAAUGUUACAUACUCAAAAUAGUUGAAAAAUUAUAUCAACUAGUAAAACGUCUUCAAACUUUUCGAUAAGACAUUUUUUAUUUUUAUUUUGUAUCUAUGUAAUCGAUCUAACAUGUACUAAAUAUGAUAACUCACAAGUAAUAUAACGGACUCGAUCAACCUAGAGUGAACAUUAUAAGAUAAACGUUGAUUUUUGGCAAGUACUAUUACUUACAUUAUACUUGCACUCUCUAAUCCAGUAUCCUAUAGUGGUUGGUUUGAAUCUAAAAAUGUGUUCUUGAAAUGUGUAAGCUCUUAACCAACCAUGUCAAGUAUGCAACAUAGCUUGAUUGUGGUUUAAUCUUUUUUCCUUCUUGUCGUUUUUCACUUUUUUUUUUUUUUUUACAUUAUGACACAGCGACUAACAAUCAUCCACCACCAACAUUUAUUAACUUGGCAUUGGUAGGCGUUUUUGCAUGAAGGUAAAAAAAUUAAUUACAUAAGAUAGGUGUUGCCAAAUGCCAACCAAAAAGGUAAACACAAACAAGGCAAAAAAUAAAAGUCCAGGCAAGGACUCGUAAAUGAUUUUUAACUUCUUCCCAACCUUACGAUUUUGUAACCGCCGUCACUCCCUCCAUAUAAACCCCAUUCACAAAAUCUUCUCUUCACUUCAAUUCAAACCCCCCACCAAAGCCAAAAAGAAAAAAAGAGGAUUAGUAAGCCAAUUAUGUUCAACAUUUGUCAUUAGAGCCACCAAAAUCCUCCCUAAUGAUGAUCCUACUCUUGAUUUUUUUCGUAGUAUUAUCCCACCUCAGUCAGACUCAUGUCCUCGUCGCCGCCGCCGCAGCCGUCACGAUUGAGCGACACCCAUGUCGCUCCAUCGUGGCCGCAGCAGCAGCCACCGAGAAGAACGGAUCGCCACCAUCAGCAGCAGGGUACGCGCCCUGCUUCUGGUGGUGGCACCACCACCACUACUUCUUCCUUCCACCCCUUCUCGGCGAUGCUCCGGCUCCUUCGCCGGUCCAGGUGGCUGCACCAGCUCCGUCGCCAGCUGGUCCCCUCGUUCCGCCUCCAGAUCGACCACUUGUUCCGCCGGAUCGACCGCUACUUCCGCCACGAGCGCCUUUUUUCCACCACCGACACCCUGCACCAUCGGCUCCUCCUCCGAAUUCGCCGCCAUCGUAUCCUCCGCCGCCUCCGCCGCUCGGUCCGCGAUCUCCGGACUCUCCUCCGCCUCACCCGCAUCCGUCCCCACCGUCGCCUCCCGCCGCCGCUCCUCCAGUCCCGCAGCCUUCCCCUCCACCUCUGUUCCCUAAACACCCUCAUCAUUUUCCUGCGCUACCACCCCAUGUGAUCCCACCUCCUCCUCCGCCUCCGCCCUCCGCCGCGCUACCUCCAAUUCCCAUCUACGAUGUUCCUCCGCCGAGCUAUCCGCCGCCGAUCAUUACCCCGGCGACGCCAGCAGAGCCCUACAAUCCUCCCCCUUUUCACCACCACCACCACCAUCUUCUCCCGAUCUUCACGCAGCCGCCAACUCCAGCACCGUCAACUCCAGCGUCGCAGCCGCCAAUCGUCCCUCCACCGCACCAUCACCACCACCACCACCAUCACGAUUUUACGAUAUUCCCUGUGCCGCCGAUAAGUCCGCGGCCAGGGAAGUCGCACAGUCAUCCUCCAGCAGUGAGUCCGACGGAGCCGCCGUCGUCCCAAUCUCCGCCGCGCGGCCAUCACCGCCGUAUCCGGUUUCCCCCAUUGCCGAGCCCUGGCCUGGCCGGUGGAGUGCUCUAUUAUGAUCUCCGGGGAACCGUCGUGACCAAGAUCUAAAUGACAUGAUGCUAAUCAAUAAUUAAUGAUGCUUUUGAUGUUGUUGUGUGCAGCCAAAUUAUGUGUUUCCUGAGUUGAAUGUAACAAAUGCUAUAGACAGGGGAAUCACAUUAUGUGGAAAAUGGAUUUGGAAUUUCGAUUAAUCAAUUGUGUGUUUGACU